CUCAGCCAUUCAUUCACUUCAGCCUUGUGUCUUGCUCAUCCAUCAACUCCGCAGUUUGGCCUGGAGAGCCUUUGAUUUCCACUUCAUCACGCCCUGUCCUCCAUCUCCUCUUCAGCCAUUGUCAUUUUCAGCGUAUCCACACCGGACUCAACCAGAGAACUUGACACUAGCCUCCCAAACCACAUUGAACCCUUCCUGUUCCGCUGCCUCUACCAUCCCCGCACUUUCCUACUUACUGUCGAAGAAAAGCGACAACCGUCCUAGACAGUCAAAUGGCGGACGUUGAGAUGGCUGAUGCUACCGCGCCUUCCGAUUCCAAGACCAAAGCCCCCGUCAAAGCCUCGAAAUCGGGUGCCACUGAAGGCGGUGACACCAAGAAGAGAUUUGAAGUCAAGAAGUGGAAUGCGGUCGCCUUAUGGGCGUGGGAUAUUGUCGUUGACAACUGCGCCAUCUGCAGGAACCACAUUAUGGAUCUCUGCAUUGAAUGCCAGGCAAAUCAGGGCGCGGCUACGACGGAGGAAUGCACAGUUGCAUGGGGAAUCUGCAAUCAUGCCUUCCACUUCCACUGCAUCUCCCGCUGGCUGAAGACUCGACAAGUGUGUCCAUUGGACAAUCGAGACUGGGAAUUCCAGAAAUACGGCCGGUAAAUGAUGAGUCAAAGGAGAAUUCAGACAUAUCCCGGAUGUCCUUGGGGAGGAAUCACAGCCUUGAUUGAAGUACGAUGCGGCGUCUGGCAGUGUUGGUGGGGAGACACGCAUAGCCGUACAGAGGCGAGAAGGUCAAGCAGGUGGACCAAGUCUGACAUGCGGUGCCUUGGAAUGGCUGAGUGACUCACGCCAGGACAAAAUUUUGAUGACUGUGAUGGCCGAAUGCAUUGACAACCAAGGAUUAGGGAACGAGGAAACGAUGACCAUGGGGGUUUGAGCACAAGCAUUGAACAAGAAAAUCAGGCCAAAAAUAACCCGAAGUUGUUGUGACCCGUUACAUUCAUCCUCGGAAAAUCCACACAUAUUCUCAUCUCGCCUGUGUUCCCACCACGAUCCCCCCUGGCGGCAAUGCUGUUUGGGAACCAAGCCAAGGCUGAGGAUGUUGAUUGUAGGCCGGCCAGGGAGGAACGACAAAAAACAUUGCAAGUAGGGCGCCGGCCAAACCAAUCCACAUAGUCAGAUAGAUGUCUUGGUCAAUGAAGCCCAUUAUCAGAGCAAGAAUCUGCA